AUGUUAGAAGGUGGUUCCACAGGUGGAUUGUUGCUAAAUCCAAUAGAUGGAAUUGCACGCCUGCCUCCGGCCAGAAACCCUGCUCCGCCGUGGUCUCGUAGGGCCCGUGAAGUGGCUGCAGCUACUCAUGGAGGCUCGAACGUCUCUCCUCCAGUCGUAGCACCCGUUGUCGUAGACCCUAACGCGCCCCGAGACGUUUACCUCGGGAGUGACUGCUUCGAGAACGCCAGGGCCCAUUGGUUUCUAUUCGUACCAUCCCAGAUUCACCCUUCCAUCGGUAAGGUGAUUCAAGUCACAGGCAAUCCAUGGGUCGGCUUUGGCUUCCAGGUGAAGCUGAACUACUGCAGCCAAUCUCAGGCGCUCGCCGGUGUACACUCUGAGACACCUGGUCAGCCGCAGUACAGGAUCACGCAGAUGGUCAGGUUGGGUUCUACCGCGCCAUCUAACGUGCUGGACGAUUACGUUCCCAAUCCGCUGUCUGGUCCUCAGCUGCGCGACUUCCCUGUAGACAAGCUGGAAGGGGCUGCUUAUGAUCUGGGCCUGCCAUAUCGUGACCCCAAUGCUAUCUUACCUGAUCCCUCGGAUCUUGUGUGGCGUAGCAAGGCGCCCCAUCCCCAGAUAGAGCGGUGCCAAGGAUGGGUGAAGAGGGUGGUGGAACGUUGGGUAGAAUUGGGUUUACUGAACGGAGAAGCCAUCGAGGCUCUGGAGAACGGGAGAAGCUUCGGGGUAUGA